UCAUUUUCAGUAACAAUCUCAUCUCAUUCGGUAUUCAAGAUCAGUCUAUAAAUUGUCUAUUUACCGCGUCAAGUUCACUCGAAUGAUUGGCCUAGAAUCUUAAUCGUUCAUUUUGUUUACAUUCGGAUGUGCAGUGCAGUGCGACCAGGCUUUAGUGAAAAAGAUCAAAAGAUAUGCGGUUGCAGUGCUCAGCGAAAAUGGUGAAGAUCUCUGUAAUUCUACUGACUGGACUGUUAGCAUGUCGCGUUUCCGGAAAUCUGAGAGAGUCUGAUGCAUCACCAAGUUCACACCGGAAAAAUAACCUAACGAUGGAGCAAAAGGUGAUGUUGCGCCGAGCUGCCAGGGGUAAAUUGAUCCAGUCCUACAUGAAUGAGAGUGUCAACCCAUGCGAUGACUUCUAUGAAUAUGCGUGCGGAAAUUGGAAGUUUGCAAACAGACCACCUUCGGUAUUUGACGAGAAUGAUGUCUUCCAGCUCAUUGUCCGGCGGAUGGAAAGCCAGAUUGGGGCCUUAUUGCGGGAGAUCAAUGGGGAGAGUCAGAACCUAACGAGUGAAGCUUUGAUGAAAGUGAAAUUGUACUAUGACUCGUGUAUGGACUAUGACUUCACGACGAGCUUGAGAUCGCAGGCUAAGAGUGAGAUUCUCGAUAGCAUUUUUGGACCCUAUGUUCUGUCCGCUGAAUGGAGUUCCGAUGGGUUCGAUUGGCUCAGUACGGUUGCUCGCAUGCAGUCCUACGGGUCCAACGCCUUUAUCUACCAAUCGGUGUCAAAAUACAAUAAGACUCCAGCGAUACACUUGAAGAAAGCGGACGUGAAGUUACCGGGACUAGACAUUCCUGACUUUCUCCUUCCUGACCCAGGUCUUAGCAGAAAACUUCAAUCCACGAUAUUGGCUGAACGAUAUGGUCUAUCUGAUAAGGAGAGUAUUGAGAACGUAAUUGACUUUGGGAUCCAACUUAACAAUUUGGUAAUGUCCAACGAUCGUGGAAGUCCUUUAAAAGCCGAACCUGUGAACCUAACUAAACUCAAAGAUAUGACCCCUAUUAUCGAUUGGAGUCGCUACUUCACUGUCCUCCUUGGGAGCCAGAUGAACUUUUCGAUGCAGAUUAUUAUCGAGGAUGUCAACUACUUCCGACAGCUUGAGAUCUUACUACGUCGGACUCCAGCAGACACACUUGCCAAUUAUCUAGCUUUACACUUCUUAGAGCAUUUGCAAGAGAACGUGCAGAUUUCGAAAUUCUCACAGCACAGAUACUGUUCAGCUCGAGUUCUGGAAGACAUGCCGCUCGCAACAUAUGUCCUCCAUCUGCAUAAAUUCAAUUUAACCGGCGUCAAACCAGAAAUUCUCCAAAUAGCCAAAGCUCUGCAGUAUCAGUUUCAGCAAGCAAUAGACCAUUCGGACUGGCUCGACGAUCAUUUAAAAUCACAAAUCAUUAAUAAACUAAACCAUACCCAACUAGAAAUCGGCUAUCCAGAUUAUCUGAGCUCCAACAAUCAACUAGAUAAAAUCUACAGCGAUUUGAUCGUAAAUUCCAGUCAUUUUGAUCGAAAUUUUUUGCAUUGUUUAGAAUUCAAGACUCGAUCCAUGCACAAUAAAUUGUCACCACUAAUGGCCGCUGAUAUUGAUUUAAAUUUAAGCCUGAUGGACAUUAAGCCCCGAUAUGAUCCCAUAACGGAUAGAAUUACCAUACCAGCAGGUAUUCUUGUACCGCCAAUAUAUCACCAACAUUUGCCUAUGGCGUUCAAGUUUGGCUCUCUGGGACCGAUGGUUGCACACACUUACACCAAUGUCUUAAGCGGACUCCAUCGACCAGACGCAGGGUCUCGAAAAUACGUGAAAAAAAUGGAGGAGUUUGAUAGAUGCUAUAAUUUCCAAACUACAAAUUUAGACUUAGAUCUCGAUGCGGAUAAGAAAUGGCCAUUUGCUGACGAGGCUAACAGCAGAGAGGACGGCGGAGGCGUUGGAGUGGAUUUGAAGGAGAUCCGUAGUGACUUUGGCGAACUAGAUGAAGCCUAUUAUGAAGAUAUUAGAAAUCGGUUUUAUGAAGUGGUUAGCACUCAGAUAGCCUACUCUGCAUAUAACAGUUUUAUUACUGCGGAUAAGAUCGAUGAUGAGCGAAUGCCGGGGCUAAAUUUGACCAACCACCAAUUGUUCUUCGUUAGUUUCACUCAGGCUCAGUGUAGUGACUACAGCAUAGAUCCCUUCUUGGUGGACAUUGGUAUGGAUAAUAAUUUUUCUAGAAGGAACCGCGUACUUAGCAGUGUUUCGAGCAACCUGAACUUCUGGAAUAGUUUUAAUUGCAGCAGAGAGUCAGCAACCUUUCUCCAGAAAAAUUGUACACUUUUGAUUUAGGAUGGGCUUUUUAUUAAAUAAAAAAA